ACAGUUUGAGAACUGCUGCUCUAGAGGCCAUGUACGCUAAUAUGCUCAUAAUUGCUUGCAACAUUGUACUUUUUUUUUUGGAGGGAGUUUAGUAAAAUCUAUCAACAAUCACAAAAAUUAUCUUGUCCUUUGACUCAGCAAUUCCAUUCCUAGGAAUUUAUCUUAAAUGAUUCAAAUAAAAACAAGUAAUCUUCAUAUACAAAACAAAAAUAGUUACAUGAAACAGUGACCACGUUGUUCUUAACAAUUGCACCCUUAUGCCUUCCACAGUGCCUGUUAAAUGAGAGAUCCACAUUUAAGAAGUUGAUUUAAGAUUCAAAGGUGAGAUUGAAGAUUCUGGAGAGAGAAGUUGUAGCUAAUGAAACAAAAUCCCAGAGGGGGUGAGAAGGGCAGACAACAAUAAUGCAAGCAGAAAAGUUCAUGAAUGCUUCUUCAGAGAGAAGGCGACUGUGAGAAUUUGUAAUGGAGACAAAGAGAAGUUAGGCAGAGGAAAUUACAUAGAGCAUCAAUCAAUGACGUCAUCUGCAGUGUAAAGAGGACCUGGUGGACCCAAAGUUUGAAAGAAAUUUCCAAGUUGGCCUGACGGCAUUCAUUGAAAACAAGAUUUGUGCACUUUCCGUGCAAAGCUGCUGGAGAACAUGCUCUUCUGAAAUGAGGACGUCCUGGGUAACACUGCAACAUGCAGAAGACUAGAAGGAAUAAAGUAGCCCACUUUCUUUCUCCUUAAGUCCCCAGCAACUUGAUUUUUAAAUUGCCCGCUAAAUAUGGAAUCCUUGUUAAUUUGGCAUGGACUCCGCCGCCCCAAUGUGAACCCAUGCAUUUAAAUUAAGGUACUUUUGCUCACAGGGCGAGCGAAAGGCGCAAGGCUGAAAAUGGUGGGCGUGGCCAACUCUGAGGCGGCUGGAGGCCCGCCCCCUUCCCAGAGUACACUGCAGCCGCGGCGUGCGUGAGCCUUCUUUGCGUGCUGCCGACCGGCUCCGAGGAGGGCUGGACCAUGGACGGACCCCGAGCUGGUGCGGGGCUGCUGAGGCGCGGGCGGCUGAGACGCCGGCGCCAGCCGCAGCCACACAGCGGGUCGGUGCUGGCCCUGCCCUUGAGGCCCAGGAAGAUCCGAAGGCAGCUGAGAAGAAGUGUUGCGUCCCGCAUGGCCGCGCUGAGGGCCCAGACGCUGCCAAGCGAGGACUCGGAGGACUCGAGGGUGGAGUCGACAGUGGACGAUCUGGGGGACUCGCUGCCUGGUGGAGCGGCGGCCACCCCAGAUGCAGCCCGGCGAGAGCCGUACGGCCACCUCGGUCCUGCAGAGCUGCUGGAAGGCUCGCCCGCGGCCCGCUCCCUGCAGACCCCGCCGUCGCGUUUGGUGGAGGCACAGACCCCGCCGUCGCGCCUGGUGCCGGCUUCCGUGCCGCCCGCGCGCCUUGUGGAGGUGCCCGCCGCGCCCGCCCGCGUGGUGGAGAACGCGGCCCUGCUGUGCUCUGCGCAGCACUUGGCGGCUGCCACACCAGCCAUGGCCCCUGCGACGCUGUCGGGGCCGCAGGUGGAUAGCACCGGCGGGGAGCUGACCUGGGACUCUCCGCUACAGCGCGUCUUGGCGGAACUGAACAGCAUCCCCAGUAGCCGGCGGCGAGCUGCGCGCCUCUUCGAGUGGCUCAUCGCGCCCAUGCCACCCGAUCAUUUCUACCGGCGCCUGUGGGAGCGGGAGGCGGUGCUUGUGCGGCGGCAGGACCACACCUACUACCAGGGUCUUUUCUCCACAGCCGAUCUGGACUCCAUCCUGCGCAAUGAGGAUGUGCAGUUCGGCCAGCACCUGGACGCCGCACGCUACCUAAACGGGCAGCGCGAGACCUUGAACCCGCCAGGCCGCGCCCUGCCCGCCGCCGCAUGGUCCCUGUACCAGGCCGGCUGCUCGCUGCGCCUUCUUUGUCCACAGGCUUUAUCGACCACCGUGUGGCAGUUUUUGGCUGUGCUCCAGGAGCAGUUUGGAAGUAUGGCAGGUUCCAACGUUUACCUCACGCCCCCCAACUCGCAGGGCUUUGCCCCCCACUACGACGACAUCGAGGCUUUCGUGCUGCAGCUGGAAGGUAGGAAACUCUGGCGUGUCUACCGACCCCGGGUCCCGACUGAGGAACUGGCCCUGACAUCCAGCCCCAACUUCAGCCAGGACGACCUUGGUGAGCCGCUGCUGCAGACCGUGCUGGAACCUGGAGAUUUGCUCUAUUUUCCUCGGGGCUUCAUUCAUCAAGCCGAAUGCCAGGAUGGAGUGCACUCUCUGCACCUCACCUUGUCCACGUACCAGCGCAAUACCUGGGGCGACUUCCUGGAGGCCGUACUACCUCUGGCUGUGCAGGCUGCGAUGGAAGAAAACGUGGAGUUUCGUAGGGGUCUGCCCCGAGACUUUAUGGAUUACAUGGGGGCCCAGCAUUCGGAUUCUAAGGAUCCGCGAAGAACUGCUUUCAUGGAGAAGGUGCGGGUCUUGGUUGCCCGCUUGGGACACUUUGCCCCUGUUGAUGCUGUGGCUGACCAGAGAGCCAAAGAUUUCAUCCACGAUUCUCUGCCUCCUGUGCUGACUGAUAGGGAGAGAGCACUAAGUGUUUAUGGGCUCCCAAUUCGCUGGGAGGCUGGAGAGCCUGUAAAUGUGGGGGCCCAGUUGACAACAGAAACAGAAGUGCACAUGCUUCAGGAUGGGAUAGCUCGGCUGGUGGGUGAGGGAGACCAUUUAUUUCUCUAUUAUACAGUGGAAAACUCGCGCGUUUACCAUCUGGAAGAGCCGAGGUGCUUGGAGAUAUACCCCCAGCAAGCUGAUGCCAUGGAACUCUUGCUCCGCUCCUACCCAGAGUUUGUGAGAGUAGGGGACCUACCCUGUGACAGUGUGGAGGACCAGCUUUCCUUGGCAACCAUGUUAUAUGAUAAAGGGCUGCUGCUCACCAAGAUGCCUCUUACCUGAACUAGUUUCUUGUUGAUUGCUGGAAAGAAGACAGCAGUGUGAUUCCUACCACCACCCCAUCUGUUUUUUGGAAAAACUCACGUUCUUACCUU